AUGCACGCCGGUGCGCUGCCACUUGCGGUCGCGCGCAAGGAAUCAUUUAUCCCUCCCCAUCAUCGCGAGCAAUUCCAAGCAGUUCGACCUCGUGAUUUGGAAGACAGGAGAUGUCAUAGGGUGAUUCUUGUCCAAAUAGGUACCGCGUUUCUACCCAUUCGGGACGCGUGCGACUAUCCCACUCUCUCAACACAUCUACAUCGAUUGGCCUCGCCGGUCUCAAAACAAUCUAACUCCGUUCAUAACACAACCACACACUGCGAAAGGCCUUGGUGCGCCAGUGUUUCGAACGUCAUGGAUUUAUCCGACGCCCCAUCUUCCGAUGUAGAACAAAAUGGCGAAUCUUCCAGUCGGCGCAAAUCCGGACGUGCAAUUCGAAAACCUCAGCUAUACUCACAGGAUGUGAGUAUAACUAAUAACACUGCUGAGAAGAGGAAGCGGACAACGGCGAACGAGGACGAAGAAGACGAGAACGACGAAGAAGAAGACGCGGAAGAACCGGAGUCGGAGGACGACCCUGAAGACGAAGACCCAGACGAGGAAGAAGAAAAGGAACGCAGAAGAGCAGCACGUCGAGCAGCAAAUAAGAGAAGACAAAGCGCGAAAAGCAAUGCGAAACCAGCACCGUCGCGAGCUACGAAGAAAGCAAAGACCAACAGCGCUGGCAAGUCACUCACGAUUCGCCCAGCAGCUAAUGGCAAGACCAAGAAAGCGGCACCAAAGAAGAGGACCGCUCCACCUAGACCAAUCUUCCAUGCUACCUCAGAAGGAUUAUUUGGCGAUCUUUUCGAACAUGAAAAAGACACAGAGGCUGUGGUAGAGGAAUGGUUGUCCGCAUACGAAAAAGACCCCGUGGAGGGCAUGCGCGUACUUUUCAAUCUUUUCCUCCAAUGCACAGGUGCCGACCUUUCCGUGGAUACUGCGGAUGUGACAGAUGAGGAUCACUGGCCGCAGCGUAUACAGGAUCUGCAAGAGGCUCAUCUUGAUACCGAGCCCUCUGACUACCCUCUCAUAUCGAAGGACCGACGCUUUCGCAAUUUCCGAGCCACCAUCGUGGACUUCUGCGACUCCUGGGUCGAGAGUCUUCACCGCUCGUCCUUACUAUAUAACUCAUUUGCUCCUGGUAUGAAGGUGGAGACAUGGCUUAAUAUCAUGUCGAGUUCUGGAAACCGAGCUUUCAGACACACGGCGACUCUAUGUUCGAUAACGAUAGCCAGUGCCCUGUGCGAUAUUGCUGAGGAGAUCGCAACCGCUGUCUCUACCUCUCGCAAACAGGUAGAAAGCGAGAAGAGGAAGAAGCAGGCGAACAAAGGCCGAAUCAGCACUAUAGAGGACACAAUCCAAGAGAACGAAGAAAAAUUGGUAACAAUUGAGGAACUUCUAAAAGAAGCAUUUGACACUAUGUGGGUUCAUCGAUACCGCGACGUUGACUUCAAAAUCCGUAGCGAAUGUUAUCUUGGAUUGGCUCGUUGGAUCCAGACUCAUAGGGAGAUGUUCUUUGAACCCCAGUAUGUGCGCUAUCUCGGCUGGGGUCUAUCUGACUCCAUCACACAAGUUCGCUUCGCCGUGGUUGCGCAGCUUCGCCAGAUCUACGAAAUCAAGUUCAGUAUCGCUACCCUUCGGACCUUCACCGGUCGAUUCCUCCGUCGAUUAGUCGAGAUGGCCAUGCGAGAUACUGACACCAAUGUCCGCGCUUCUACUGUCGAACUACUUGGACUGAUCAGGAAUCAAGGCUUGAUGGAGAAUACUGAGAUUGAUCAAGUUGGUCAAUUAGUGUUUGAUGUUGAGCCCCGUAUCCGGAAAGCGGCCGGCCGUUUCUUUGCGGCGAACCUCCAGGAAAUUUUUGAAACUCACACAGAAGAGAUGGCCGAGGAUAUCAAUGAGACUUUUGGGGAUCAAGAUGAUGAGGACGAUUUCGAGGCUCCAAAGAGGUCUUGGAUCAAGUACAAAUGUCUUGCCGAUAUACUCCAAUCAUAUGAUGGACAAAGGGACGAUCAGGCCGUGGAACGUCAACGUCUGGGCAUUAUUGAUGCUCUAUCGGGCGCGCCAGUCGAGUCGCGGUUCUUCCUCGCAACUGAAGCAAUCUACCAGCAUCUGAAAGAGCUGUCUCAGUGGCAAUCUCUCGCAGGAUAUCUUCUCUAUGACCACUCUCAGAUCUCGGAUUCUCCUCCACAAGAUGAGGUUAGCAACGUGCGACAAUUUUUUGCCUUAGAAGAGGGUCAAGAUAGCAUUCUGCUUGAGGUAUUAGUUUGUGCGGUCAAACUUCGGAUACUAGAAAUUGCUCGAUCGGAUAUCAACAAGCGCGGACAAAAGAUCAAGUCGUUGACCGACAAGAUUCCUGAGCUGCAGGAAGAGACAGCUCACGAUCUUACACAAAUAAUUCCACGUUUGUUGAACAAGUUCGGUGCUGUUCCCGAAGCGGCUUCAGCAGUUCUACGUCUAGAACAUCUUGUUGACUUGGAUAAGGUUCAGAACCUCCAAAAGGACACCACAUCCUACAUCUCCCUUCUCAAUGACAUAAACAGGCAGUUCCUUACUCACUCAGAUCAAGACGUCCUUGCCGAAGCUAGCGUUGCCUUCUUACAUGCUCGAAGCUCAGACGAAAUGAAGGAGGCGAUGGAAAGCAAAGUCCAGGAGCUUUGGGAUGAUAUGAUUGACACAGUCGGCACAAUUUCACAGAACCGAGGUGUUCAGGCUGGCUCAUCGGUUAGCAAGAAUGUCCUAGUCGAACUCUCUAACACAGUCGCCAGAAUAGCCAAUCUCGCAAGCAUCGUUGACUGUACUAGCAUUAUUGAAACGAUACCAGUUGCUACUGGCAAGAAACGUAAGCAGAGCUCAGAAGCACCUUUCGACACCCUCAUUCAUUUGGUUAAGCGGGGUCUCCGUGAUGAAGAAUCAGAUGAGGAGUUGCGAGAUCUGGAAACCGAGACGGUUGUGAGCAGCAUCAAAACACUGCUCUUCUACUUCAUGUGGAAGGUGCAGGCUUUAUCGACUGCGGUGAAAUCCGGCAGUGCUAAAUACAAUACAUCAUAUUUUGAGAGCUUGGCGAAGCGCCGUGAUCUCUUUGCUGCUACUUUGACUGCUGUCAUGCAAGCAAGAAAAAUUCUCGAUGAUAUUCGGUUCUCUGCGGUGACGACUUUCCUUGAUUUGCAGACAUUGUUUGGCACACUGCGCAAUAUUGGAAUGCAUGUUAAAGGCGGACCAGAAAAGGUUGAUGAGGACGUGCUUUUCCAAACCCAAGGACUCGCACAGGAAAUCAUCCCGUCGACACAAAUCCUCAUUUCCAAGUUUCACGACGUGGCUGAACGAUCUUUAGCUAAGAAGCUGAAGAAGGAAAUUCGAACUUCUGUAGAAGAGGAUGAUGGUCUAUUGGAAUCCGCACAGGAUCUCAAAGACCUGCCCUCAGAUGACGAGGAAGAGAAUGACGAGCAAGAUGAAGAGACCGCCGAGGAUGAGUCUGUUGUGACAGAACGGCUACGGGCAACGAUAUUGGCUGAACAACGACUGUGCGAGCUCACCGGAAAGAUUGUUCUAGCUAUUACCGGCCGCGUCAUGGACAACUCUGGGUCACAACGCGGCAAGCUCAAGAAGAAGUUGCUCGUGAAUAAGUCUCUGCUAGGUCACAACUACAAAGAGGUUGUUGCAUUCCUAGAGGACCGCAAAGCAGGACCCACUGCUAGUAGCAAAUCAACCCACAAGCAAGACAUAGCCGCUCGACUCGGAUCGUCGAAACCCAAUGAAUCUCUAGAGUUAGAGGAGGACCCCAUCGAAGAUGACGCAAAUGCGAAUGCAGCCGCUGUUGAGGAGGAUGAAGACGAAGAUCUUCGCGCGCGAGGUCUUAUUGAAGAGCACAUUGACGAUGAUGACAAUGAGAAUAAUGAAAAGGAGAGCGAAGACGAUGACGAGUCCGAACAAGAAGAAAAUGGUGUCGCCGCAAAAGGAGAAGAGGAAGACAACAGCGACGACAAUGAAGAUGAAGAUGAAAUAAUGGGCGAUUGA